AGAAUUUGACGGAGUCGUAACAAUAAAGGAAAAUUUACCUUUCUUUCUCUCUUCAAAAAAAUACUUUCCUUUGAUCAUCGGAAAUCCCCAAAUUUGAAUUAUCGGCUUUUCGAUUUCUUCAACUAGGUUUUCUGUUUAAAGAGAAAGGCGAGCUUUUCUUCUCUGUUCUAAGAAAGGCUCGCCGGAAAAAAAAUAUUAAAAAAUUCCAACAUAGGAAACAUGGAAUUUCUUAGAAUUUCUCCUUUUCAACCUCUCGUCGUGUUCCUGUUCAUCUCCGUCGUCUACUUUCCGGUCACCGUCCGUUCAGAUGAAAUCAUCCCGCUCCUUUUGCCUUCCGAACAAGUUAACCAAGACAUUUGCCCCACGACGCCGUCUCCGUCAGAAUCCUGCACCAUUAAUUGCUUCCGACCCGACCCGGUAUGCGGGGUUAACGGCGUGACGUACUGGUGUGGCUGCCCCGACGCACAUUGUGCUGGUGUGCGUGUUGUGAAAUCAGGGAUCUGUGAGGUGGGAAACGGAGGUUCUGCUGCGGUUACGGGUCAAGCCCUAUUGUUGAUUCACAUUGUUUGGCUUGUGUUACUUGGUUUCGUUGGACUGUUUGGGCUUUUAUGAUCGAUCAGGUUUCGUUCGAUUACUUGAUUUAGGGUUAGAAAUAUAGGAUGAUUUUUUGUAUAACAUACCUGUAUCUUUUGUAUGUAUGAGGGGAAUAUUCGGCUAGAUGUUUUUAACAUUGUCCUUGUUUUUUGUUGGAGUAAUACUAUUUUAGGAGAUUUACAUAUUUCUCUUCCUUGUUUCUUUGAUCUUUGAAAUUUCCGUCUUAAUUGCCUUUAUAGUCCUGAGACAAUUCUUUUA